CUGUUUCCUCUGAAAUGUGUCGUCUACCUGCGCCGGUCUCCACCUUUGAAAUUCACCUCGACUGAACGGGUCGAGAUAUUUCCUACAACCGUGCUCCGUUACCAGAGACCAACAGGCCACUCGGUAAGGGGCUCUUUUACACACCUGGACUUACAGAAGACCCCGGGAUGUGGACACACUGCUGGGGGGACGCCACCGGACCCUACCUGUAGCCUAUAGGUGCAAAAGUUUGUAGCGGGAGUUCGGAGGGAGGAGAGCCAGGAGCGAAAUCAUUCAAGAUUAGCUCCAUUUCUCUACAGCACUCACCUGACUCCACCACUCAGAACAAGAUAUUGUACUGCUUAUUGCUGUUGAGGUAGUUUAUUCAGUCCAGUGAGUAUCUGGUCUGGUUUAGGAGCCUCCGGCUCAGCUGUGACCACAGCAGGAAGAUAGCGGAGAGAGACACACCAUGCCGCGAGCCUUCCUCGUCAAAAAGCCCAGUGUUUCACCAGGCAAGAGAAGCUGGAGCGACCUGCCUGACCACGAACGAGGAGACAUCUACAUACCAGUCUCUGUGAGCCCUCCGGUUCUGUGGGAUGAGACCGAGGCCAGUACAGCUGAAGUGGCCCUCUGCCUGUCCACUCGCAAAGAACACACGUGCACACAGAAAUAUAUGCAGGACCCGCAUGCAGUGGUUUCGACAGCUGAGCUGCCCUCAUGCACCGCUUUAGGACAGCAUCCAAGUCCAGAGACAGAGCGCAUCAGGAGCUCCCAGAACAACUCGUAUGUCCGCUCCAAAAUCAAGGUGACCACUGGUGAUCCUCCCUCAGAAGCUCCGGCCACCAUUCCAAGAAUGACCGCAGAUCCCGAUGAUGUGGUAAGCCCUUGCCCCUCAGCUAGCGCUGGCACAUCUUCAGCUCCGUCAGCAGGUGGAAACUAUGUGUGUCAGGUGUGCCAGAAGGUGUUCCAGUUCCAGCGUAUGCUCAACAGACACCUGAAGUGCCACAGUGAACAGAAAAGGCAUUUGUGCACUUUCUGCGGCAAAGGCUUCAAUGACACCUUCGACCUUAAGAGGCAUGUUCGUACUCACACAGGUGUUCGUCCAUAUAAGUGUACUCUGUGUGAGAAAGCCUUCACCCAGCGUUGCUCUCUGGAGUCCCACUUGAAGAAGAUCCAUGGUGUGACGCAGCAAUAUGCCUACAAGGAACGACGCGCCAAGCUGUAUGUCUGUGAAGAGUGCGGCCACACCGCCCCUACCCAGGACGCACUGCUGCGCCACCUGCACAUUCAGCAUCCGAACAGUGCUUUCUUGCGGGCCAAGCUGGCACGCAGACAGUCCGGGGCAGCAGGUGGUGCUGUUCUGGAGGAGAACUCCCUGCCUGGCUCUCCUUUAUCCCUGCACAGUGAUGAUACAGCAGGUUCGGGAGGGCAGUAGAGGCAUUUGUGUGUUGAGAUACAAAACCUCAAUCCUCUUUGUAUGUUAUGAAUUCCUGGAAUAUUAUUUAAAUAGAAGGUUAUUUUGAGAAAAGGAAGGAUAAGAGAGAGAAAAAAGAGAAAAAGAAUAACAGCUUUUCUUCUGUACUCUCGUCAUGAUACACUAUAUAAACUGUUCAGAAUGUUUCAGACAGCCAUAGUUUACACUUCCACUAUGGAUGAGGGCUGGUUCUGCCCUUUGAAAUCAGUAGACAGCAAAACGGUACACAAUAAUAAUGCACUACUAAAGUUUACAUUAAGCCCUUUUUCAAACAAUCCCUUGUUCAAACAAUAUGUAGAUGCAGUAACAAUUCUCAGACACACAUCUUCACAUUAAAGAGCUCAAGAUGUGUUUUAAACAGAAAAUAUUUACCAAACAUUGCCUUAGUUUCUCUAUUUUUCUUGUCUUUGGAUGUGAGGGAUUACUGUUUUGCUUUUUUUGUCAGUUAUUACUGCAGUUUGUAAUAUAGAUUGAUGUGUUGUAAAAAAGAGAUUUAUAUUUAUCAAGGUGGUCUGUAAUGUUCUCUGGGUGGAGUUGAAUCUUUAUUCCAGAUUUUAUACAUUUAUAUUAACUUGUAAUGCUUUCUAUGUGUUAUGGUUCUAUAUAUUUGGACAUAUUUUCACUGUUUCGAUGCACAGUACAACAUUUAGUGCUGGUUGGUUUGUAUGAAAAGGCAGAUCAUUGAUUUAGUAAAGUAUACCAUGAAAUUUCCUUAUUGAGUUUUGUGAACGUACUCUCUGUAAAUGACAAUAAAUGUGUCCUUAUAUGUGA